AUCAUAAUAACAAACGAUCGCUUUUUACAAUUACACACGCUUUCAAUUCGAUAUUCUCCCCCUUUCAACACGAAAUCCCCUCAGCUUCCAAUUCGCGAUUCAAUCAAAAAUCAUUAUCCUUAUUCGACAUUUCAAGCUUUAACAUGAUCAGAUAUCUGAAAUUAGCCACAACGAUUACUAGUUUCACCUUUUUUCAGUUCAUAAAAAUCAAUAUCAACAUCUAGGGUUUCAUAAACCCUAAGUUUUCCGUUACAAGUUUACAGUAAUGGCAGAUACAUCAAGGCCGCAAUUUACAAUAACCUUAGGUCGCAGUGGUCAGGUGGUGAAGAGAGCAGGGGAUGUGGUGGAUAGUGAUUUUGUUGGCUCGGUUCCAGCUGCUGGGAUUAAAAGAUCGGUUAGAGAUAGGCUAGGAAGCAAUGUGGAUGCUGGACAUCUCGAUAACAAACGGCAGCGUGGAGCUAAUGGUAGAUUGAGUUCCAACACUAGUAAUGGUGUAGAUGAUGAUACUCAUCUUAGUAAACACGAUCUCCGGUUCAAAAUCAUGAAGAAAAGCGAAAGAAAAGCUAAGCAGAAAAACGUGGACCUCCGUGACAUGUUAUCAAGAAAAGCGCGUCCCUCUUCAACUGACCACAAAGUACACCAAAGUCCACCUAAGUCACGAAACGAUAGACCGAGGGCAACUAGGGUUACACCUGAGCCAAAAGAGCCAAAAGAUGGUCAGUGGGACCCAGUUGAUGGUGGACCUAGAGAUGAUAGACGGCUUAUGCGGGACCCGAUUGAAGUUCGAUCAAGAGAUGAUAGACGGCUUGUAUGGGAUUCAGUUGAGGUUGGACCUCGAGAUGAUAGGCGGGUCAUACGGGAUCCAGUUGAGGUUGGACCUCGAGAUGAUAGGCGGGUCAUACGGGAUUCAGUUGAGGUUGGACCAAGAGAUGAUCAACGGGUAAUGCGGGUCCCGGUUGAGGUAGGCCCACGUAUGCACCACCUAUACGAUGACAGACAAUCGAAUCUAGAUCCAACGGAUGGUAGCAUGCCAAGUAGACUCACUUCCACAAGAACUUCAAGAACUCUAUCACAGAUGGACUUAUCAAAAACCUCUUUCUCUUUGGAGACUUUGGAUCGCAUGAGUCGCUCAUCACAGCCUAGAGUAUUGGAUAAUUCCAUUGGUCUACCACCACCGUUGACGGAAGAGCCACUAAGAAGACCGCUAAUGAGACCAGUGACGUAUGCCAGCGGGGAUGUUCGUGAGAUUGCAAGGCCCAUGGCUACCACUUCUUUUCCUGUAAAACCAGUCAUUUCCGAUGGACCGGCAAAAUCUGUGGGACUGUCGGUAGCCCCGCAAUUACCAAUGGGGAGGAUUGUGCCACAAAGUCAAUAUCCAGUUGAAUAUCUUACUGUGGAGGGAUUUUUGCACUCAUUAGGACUGGACAAGUAUUUGAUUUCAUUUAAGGUUGAAGAGGUUGACAUGGCUACUUUGAGCCAGAUGGGAGACCAUGAUCUCAAAGAGAUGGGCAUACCUAUGGGACCCAGGAAAAAGAUUUUGCUCGCUCUCCUUGCUCGCCACAGGAGGCCAGCACAAUGAGCGCGGUACUUGAAAAUGGUAACAUCAUGAAGAUAGAGUUAGCGCUUUUUUUUUUCUUUCUUGUAAUCAACUCAAUACCGAUGUUUUGUUUUCUUCUUCGAGUGUUAUUGAUCAUUACAAUUAGUGAACUUGAAUUGGUUCGAUGUACUCCUGGAUCCAAAGCAAUAUGUAGUACAUUAUUGUUUUGGACACAGGAAUUUCAGGAUUUGGAAAGGGGCCAGUUAUUUUGUGCCUUGCAAGGGUGAUGAAUAUAUAACUAGGGGUUAUAACACA